AUGUCAGAACAAACUCAACCGACUGGGCAGGAAGCAGCACAAUCUCAACAAGAUAAUAAUGACGCAGCCCGAGCGACAGCUUUGACUCUCAAUGUAACUACUCCCACUAUUACUCCUACCGACACCAAUCCUGCGAAUACCAGUACUGUGAACAUCAGUACUGUGAACACCAGUUCUAGCGCUGCGGGCAACAAUCCCUCCAACGACGGUGUUACCCAGCCAACUCGGCCUUCGUCCUCGAUUUCUGAGUCUGGCAGUGUUUCAACAUCUACAACUAGCCCCUUGAGUUCUCCAUCCUUCACCCACUCAACUACGUCGGGCCUGCAGGGGUCUUUGAUUCCCACCUCUAGCAGCGCCGCAAGCACCCCCGAUACGAACCAUGCAAGUAGCAGUAUAAGCGAAGGUGGUCUUGCAGGGGCAAUCGUAGGCUCUAUAGCCGGGACAUUUCUUCUUACGCUCCUAGGCACUAUUUUGUUCCUUCGUCGCAGGCGAAACAACAAGUCCCACACAGAGGCGAAGGGAGGAAGGACGACGACCUCCGGCCCCGUGAAAGGACUGGGACAAAUCUACACUCAACCGACUUACUCAUCACUUCCUUCCGCGAAGAAAGUAGCACCGCCUGCUCAGUCGGUCUCGGUUGGGGCGCAAUAUUUGGACCUAUCGUCUUAUGUCCCACAGCCGGCAGAUGACGGCACGACGGCCUCGCGCAUCCAAACCCUCUUCGACAAGGCCAGUCUUCACAUCGACAAUUACUAUUCCACAGACUCUCCCAGACUUCGUUUGUCACAAGGAGGAGUAUCCCCCUUGAGCAUUGAUCACUAUGAGUCCGCCUUCUUGCCCGCCCCGCUGGCCGUCAUCCUCUCGAAACCACGAGCCGGAAGAGCCGUCCUGACACAUGUCCUGGUGCGAGCCCUUCUGCAGGGGAUCCAACCCGGACAACAUACCGAGUGCCUGCUCCCGACGCCAUACGCGUCUGGUCUGUCAGUAAAUACGAAUAACGAUGAAAACCGCCCCGUGUUCGCCUGGCGCAUGCUCACAGCAUAUCUCCACAGGACAGAACGUCCAGCUCAAAACUCACCGGAAUUGGCUCCCCCAGAGGACGUGAUCGAAUCCCUCGCCGAAAGAUUCUCGACCACGUUUGCCUCGUACGGCGGCUCGCAGUUCUCCGAUUCGGGCCGCCUGGCGCACCUGACUAGCGUGUUCCGAGCAGCGUCCGACCUGGGAGUUUGGCUGUUCUCUCAUCCGUGUACCUUUGAUUUCCGGUGGGAUAUAGAUUCAAUUCCUUUGGGCCAUGUGAUUAUUUUUCCGGCGGUAGUUAAGGUGUCUGAUGAGUUUGGUCUGCGGUUGUCGGCACCUCAGAUGUUAGUAGAGAGAACGGUGGCACGGGUUUGA